CUGAUGAUAGCGAUGGACGCGCACUGCAUCGAGAUCGCGCACGCUGGGUUCGAAAUUUGUAGGGUGGGCGAGUACGUGCGCGUACUCGUAUUCUUUGUGUGGCAGCAUAGAGAAGCGCCAAAAGAGUGACCAUGGCUGAUGAAAAACCAAAGGAAGGGGUGAAGACAGAGAAUAAUGAACACAUAAACCUGAAGGUGGCAGGCCAGGAUGGAUCUGUAGUGCAGUUCAAAAUUAAAAGACACACACCGCUCAUCAAACUCAUGAAGGCCUAUUGUGAGAGACAGGGACUGUCAAUGAGGCAAAUCAGGUUCAGAUUUGAUGGACAACCGAUAAAUGAAACAGACACACCUGCACAGUUGGAAAUGGAAGAUGAAGAUACAAUCGAUGUGUUUCAGCAACAGACAGGAGGCCUGAUGUAACUGACCGCAUUCACCACCGUUUUCCACCACCGACACAACCACGCUUCACGGCCCUUGAUACACAGCGGCUGCUUCUUUGCGACUUGUCCUUUGGUCUUGACAGAAUUCCAUCUCUGAAGAAGUUGUCAUUUUCUCUACCACACAAAACUGCUGUAUAGUAUGUGCAUUCUCGCUCCUGUUACUUUUACUUUUGUACAUAAACCAGAUCCAGAGCGCCCUCAGUUCAGGUUUUGUUUGUUCAUACUGUAUUGUGGUAAAUGUAAAUGACCCCCUCCACCCACCCUAAGGGUUGUUUUUUUUUUUUUUUUUAAUGGUUGCAAAUAGACUUGGCCAUUGGGGCUGGUUGGAUUAAGCUAACUUGACCAGUCCUUGGACAAGACCUGCUCAGUUUCCUGUAAAUCUCUACUAAACCCUUGUCUAUUUGAAUGUGGGGCUGCCUAACACUUGGUUAACACUGCAUCCAGUUUGGGAUUGGGCUGGGUUUGUCAUUUGGUUCCUGUCGACUUCAAAAACCUGUUUUGAUUUUAUACAUUUUUAUAAGGUAGCUGAUGUGUAGAGAGAUGUUUUUGGUAAUCAUUUGACUAGGCCUAAGCUUCAGGCCUCGUUGAUCCUGGAGAGAUGUUUCAGUUAAUAAACAUCUGUUUUGUCUAUUAAGAUGCCUAAAUAAAGCUAAUGUCUUUUUUCCAAACUGUCA